UGCACUUGGCGGGAGCCUAUAAAAGCCCCUGACGGCGAGCCGGGGCCAGCGUCCUGCCCGAGCCCGAGCCGCCCGCACCAUGUCCCAGCACUGGGGCUACGGCUGUGACAACGGACCCGCUCACUGGUGUAAGGAAUUCCCUAUUGCCAAUGGAGAACGUCAGUCUCCUAUUGAUAUUAACACCAGGUCUGCCAAGUACGACCCUUCUCUGAAGCCCUUAAGUAUCAGUUAUGAUCCCUCCACAGCUAGAAGCAUCGUCAACAAUGGUCACUCUUUCAAUGUGGAGUUCGAUGACUCUGCUGACAAAUCAGUGCUGAGAGGUGGAGCAGUGGACGGAACCUACAGACUGAUUCAGUUUCACAUCCACUGGGGAUCCUGUGAAGGCCAAGGGUCUGAGCACACUGUGGAUGGUGUGAAAUAUGAUGCAGAGCUUCACCUGGUUCACUGGAACACAAGAUAUGGUACAUCUAGUGAGGCUGUGAAACAUCCUGAUGGCUUGACUGUGCUGGGCAUUUUACUUAAGGUGGGAAAUGCCAAACCUGAAAUACAGAGGGUGGUUGAUGUGCUGGAUGCCAUUCGAACCAAGGGCAAACGAGCUGCCUUCACAGACUAUGAUCCCACAGGACUGCUUCCUGCAUCCCUGGAUUUCUGGACAUACCCAGGCUCACUGACCACUCCCCCUCUACUUGAAUGUGUUAUUUGGCAUGUUUUGAGAGAGCCUAUUUAUGUCAGCCCAGAACAGAUAUCCAAACUCCGUGGCCUUUGCUUCAGUUCUGAGAAUGAGCCCGUAUGCCACAUGGUCGACAACUGGCGCCCAUGCCAGCCUCUGAAGAGAAGAGGAGUGAGAGCCUCAUUCCAAUAAGCAAAGUGCUGAGCUUGACAGAAAUUGCUGCGUUUGUGAGGAGCCCUUCUGCUAAGCACAAAAAUCAAGCCUUUGCCAUCUGUGCAAUGGCAACGUCUCAUCUCCUAGCUCCUUUGUUUCUUCCACUCUGCAUCUAAAAUAUUAGCUGAUGAAAUGUGAAAGACCCUAGACCAAGGGAAAGGGUUUAUAAUACGUAGGGUGGGAGGAACAUCCUUGUGUGAAGUUCGAUAUUUACUGUGACUGACAUUUUGAUUACAGUAGUACUUUUGACAGCAAAAUAAGCCAUUUUAAAUAACCUCAUUCACAGGUGGUAGUACAUAAAAUUAAGUGUACUCAAUAACUUGAAGCUUUUCCAAAAGCACAGGAAUACAGAAUAACUUGAACAU